AGUCAGUUGCGCGCUGGUCGAAUGUGUGGAUGGAUUUGUGUGGAUCGUUAUCGGUGGUUUUUGGUGUACAUCGGCUGGUUUUUAUGCGAGUAUUGGAAUAAAACGGUGUUGCAGGGUAUCCUUACGAGAAGGAGCACCCUUUCGAAGGGUAAGAUAGAAGUGAGUUGUUGGUCCGAUUGACAAAAUGACGACCGACAUCUCGGUGGUGCGCGGGGGUUGGGACCCCACGCUACAACAAGAGAUUGUCGAUGAGUACGAAUACGACGGGGGAAACUCGAGUUCGAGACUUUUCGAACGUUCACGGAUCAAAGCUUUAGCUGGUGAACGUGAAUUGGUACAAAAAAAGACUUUCCAAAAAUGGGUCAACUCCCACUUGGUUCGAUGCUCUUGCCGAAUCGGCGAUUUGUACGUCGAUCUGCGGGACGGGAAAAUGCUCAUCAAGCUUCUCGAGAUCCUUUCCGGAGAACGGUUGCCACGACCUACAAAAGGGAAAAUGCGGAUCCACUGUUUGGAAAACGUGGACAAAGCGUUGCAAUUCCUCCGCGAGCAACGCGUCCAUUUGGAAAACAUGGGAUCCCACGACAUAGUGGACGGAAAUCCACGAUUAUCCCUCGGCCUCAUUUGGACCAUUAUCUUGCGAUUCCAGAUACAGGAUAUCACGAUCGAGGAGACGGAUAAUCAAGAAACGAAAUCGGCCAAGGACGCGUUGCUUCUCUGGUGCCAGAUGAAGACCGCUGGCUACCAUAACGUGAACGUAAGGAAUUUCACCACGUCCUGGCGCGAUGGAUUGGCGUUCAACGCGAUAAUCCACAAACACCGGCCGGAUCUGAUCCAAUUCGAGAAACUGUCGAAAUCCAACGCCAUAUACAAUUUAAACAACGCGUUCAACGUUGCCGAGGACAAGCUCGGGCUCACCAAACUUUUGGACGCCGAAGAUAUCUUCGUCGAUCACCCGGACGAAAAAUCGAUCAUCACUUACGUGGUCACGUAUUAUCAUUACUUCUCCAAGAUGAAACAGGAGACGGUGCAAGGUAAAAGGAUAGGCAAAGUGGUCGGCAUUGCAAUGGAGAACGAUCGUAUGAUACACGAGUACGAGAGUCUGACCAGUGAUCUGUUGCGUUGGAUCGAGGGCACUAUAGAGGCGUUGGGGGAUCGCCGAUUUGCCAAUUCCUUGGUGGGUGUCCAGUCCCAGCUCUCCCAAUUCUCCAACUAUCGCACAGUGGAGAAACCCCCCAAGUUCGUCGAGAAGGGGAACCUCGAGGUGUUGUUGUUCACCCUCCAGUCUAAAAUGCGGGCGAACAAUCAGAAACCGUACACACCCAAGGAGGGAAAGAUGAUCUCGGACAUCAACAAAGCGUGGGAGAGGCUGGAGAAGGCGGAGCACGAGCGCGAGUUGGCGCUGCGCGAGGAAUUGAUCCGGCAGGAGAAGUUGGAGCAAUUGGCGGCGAGGUUCAAUCGGAAGGCGAGCAUGAGGGAGACCUGGCUGUCCGAGAAUCAACGCUUGGUCUCCCAGGAUAAUUUCGGUUUCGACUUGGCCGCCGUCGAGGCAGCGGCGAAGAAGCACGAGGCCAUCGAAACGGACAUCUUCGCUUACGAGGAGCGCGUUCAAGCCGUGAUGGCCGUCUCCCAGGAAUUGGAGGCCGAGAACUACCACGACAUCGAACGUAUCAACGCUCGCAAGGACAACGUUCUCAGACUGUGGAAUUAUCUGUUGGAGCUCCUUCGCGCGAGGAGGAUGAGACUGGAGCUGUCCCUCCAACUUCAGCAAAACUUCCAAGAGAUGUUGUACAUCCUCGACAGCAUGGAGGAGAUAAAGAUGCGUCUACUGACCGACGAUUACGGGAAACACUUGAUGGGCGUGGAGGAUCUGUUGCAGAAGCAUUCCCUGGUCGAGGCCGAUAUCAACGUGUUGGGGGAGAGGGUGAAGGCGGUCGUGCAACAGAGCCAGAGAUUCUUGGACCACGGAGAGGGUUACAGGCCUUGCGACCCGGCCAUCAUAGUCGAGCGGGUGCAACAACUCGAGGACGCUUACGCCGAGUUGGUACGAUUGGCGGUGGAGCGCAGGGCAAGGUUGGAGGAGUCUCGAAAGUUGUGGCAAUUCUACUGGGACAUGGCAGACGAGGAGAAUUGGAUAAAGGAGAAGGAGCAGAUCGUUUCGACCGGGGACAUUGGCCACGACUUGACCACCAUAAACCUUCUGCUGUCGAAGCACAAGGCACUGGAGAACGAGAUCCAGUCCCACGAGCCCCAACUGAUGUCCGUUGCCGCGGUCGGGGACGAGCUGGUCCGCCAGAAACACUUCGGCUCCGACAGGAUUCAGGAAAGGCUCCACGAGAUCCUUGGAAUGUGGAAUCACCUGUUGGACCUGGCGGCUUUCAGGAGGAAGCGUUUGGAGGAGGCCGUGGACUACCACCAAUUGUUCGCCGACGCCGACGACAUCGACAUUUGGAUGCUGGACACGUUGCGCCUCGUCUCGUCCGAGGACGUGGGCAGGGACGAGGCCAACGUUCAGUCGUUGCUGAAGAAGCACAAGGACGUGACGGACGAGCUGAAGAACUACGCCGCCACCAUCGACCAGCUUCACCAACAGGCGUCGUCCCUCGGCGAGCAGGACGCCAAGUCGCCGGAAGUGUUGGAGAGAUUGGCCUCCAUAGACUCGAGGUACAAGGAGCUCAUGGAGCUCGCCAAGCUUCGAAAACAAAGAUUACUGGACGCGUUGUCGUUGUACAAGUUGUUCAGCGAGUCUGACGGCGUUGAGCAGUGGAUAGGCGAGAAGAAUCGCAUGCUCGAGACCAUGGUCCCUGCCAAGGACAUCGAGGACGUGGAGAUAAUGAAGCACAGGUACAACGGGUUCGAGAAGGAGAUGUACGCGAACGCGUCGCGCGUCGCCGUGGUCAAUCAACUGGCCAGGCAGUUGUUGCACGUCGAGCAUCCCAACUCGGAGCAAAUCGUGGCUCGGCAGAACGAGCUCAACCAGAAGUGGGCCGAGCUACGCGAGAAGGCUGAGAACAAACGGGACGAGUUGAACUCCGCCCACGGUGUGCAGACGUUCCACAUAGAGUGUCGGGAGACGGUGUCGUGGAUCGAGGACAAGAAGCGUAUCCUUCAACAGACGGACAGUUUGGAGAUGGACCUGACCGGCGUCAUGACCUUGCAGCGAAGAUUGAGCGGGAUGGAGCGCGACUUGGCGGCGAUUCAAGCGAAACUGGACGCGUUGGAGAUGGAGGCUCAGAAUAUCCAGCAACAAAACCUGGAGGAUCCUGAGGUGAUCAAGGGAAGGAUCGAUCAGAUACACACGAUCUGGGAGCAAUUGACUCAGAUGUUGAAGGAGCGGGACGCGAAAUUGGAGGAAGCUGGAGACCUACACAGGUUCCUCAGGGACCUGGACCACUUCCAGGCCUGGUUGACCAAGACUCAGACGGACGUGGCCAGCGAGGACACGCCGACGACGUUGGCCGACGCGGAGAAACUGUUGACCCAACACCAGAACAUCAAAGAGGAGAUCGACAAUUAUACCGACGAUUACCAGAAAAUGAUGGAGUACGGGGAGAGGUUGACGAGCGAGGCGGGCGACGGCGACACCCAGUACAUGUUCCUAAGGGAGAGGUUGAACGCUCUGAAGAUGGGCUGGGAGGAGUUGCAUCAGAUGUGGGUGAACCGGAAGAUAUUGCUGUCCAAUUCCCUCAACUUGCAGAUAUUCGAUCGCGACGCUCGCCAGGCAGAGGUGCUUUUGUCCCAGCAAGAGCACAUUCUCGCCAAGGACGAAACGCCGGCCAACUUCGAGCAGGCCGAGCACAUGAUCAAGCGGCACGAGGCGUUCAUGACCACGAUGGACGCGAACGACGAGAAGAUCAAUUCCGUGGUCCAGUUCGCUGGACGGCUUGUCGACGAGGGACACUUCGCGGCCGACAAAGUCAAGAAGAAGGCGGAGAGCAUAAACGAGCGGCGCCGGAUAAACCGAGAGAAGGCGAAUCAUUAUAUGGAGAAGCUGAAGGAUCAGCUGCAAUUGCAGAUGUUCUUGCAGGAUUGCGAGGAGUUGGGCGAAUGGGUUCAGGAGAAGCACAUCACCGCCCAGGACGAGACGUACAGAAGCGCGAAGACUGUGCACAGCAAGUGGACCAGGCACCAGGCUUUCGAGGCCGAAAUCGCCAGCAACAAGGACCGGUUGCAGCAAUUGCAACAGGCCGCCGAAGAAUUGAUCCAACAGAAGCCCGACCUUGCCGAGAUUAUCAAGCCGAAGGUGGCCGAGUUGGCGGACCAAUUCGAGGAGCUCGAGACGACCACCCACGACAAAGGGGAACGCUUGUUCGACGCGAAUCGGGAGGUUCUUAUUCACCAGACGUGCGACGAUAUCGACUCGUGGAUGAACGAGUUGGAGAAACAGAUCGAGAGCACGGAUACGGGCUCCGACCUCGCUUCGGUCAACAUCCUGAUGCAGAAGCAACAGAUGAUCGAGACGCAGAUGGCCGUGAAGGCGAGGCAGGUGACCGAGUUGGACAAACAGGCGGAACAUCUGCAGCGCACGGUUCCGGAGGACAAGAUGGAAGAGAUCAAGUGCAAGAAGGAGAAGGUCGCCCAGAGGUUCGCCCAGUUGAAGGCUCCGUUGAUCGACCGCCAACGCCAGUUGGAGAAGAAAAAGGAGGCGUUCCAGUUCAGGCGGGACGUGGAGGACGAGAAGCUGUGGAUCGCCGAGAAGAUGCCUCAGGCGACCAGCACCGAGUACGGGAACUCCUUGUUCAACGUGCACAUGCUGAAGAAGAAGAAUCAAUCUCUUCGCACCGAGAUAGAUAAUCACGAGCCCAGGAUCAACCUGGUUUGCAACAACGGGCAGAAACUCAUAGACGAAGGCCACGAGGACAGCCCCGAGUUCCAGAAGUUGAUAUCCGAGUUGACCGAGAAAUGGAAGGAGUUGAAGCAUGCCGUGGACGACAGGAACAAGCAUCUUCUCCAAAACGAGAAGGCCCAGCAAUACUUCUUCGACGCUACGGAGGCGGAAUCGUGGAUGAGCGAGCAGGAAUUGUACAUGAUGGUCGAGGAUCGUGGCAAGGACGAGAUAUCUGCCCAGAAUCUGAUGAAGAAGCACGAGUCUUUGGAGCACGCGGUGGAAGAUUACGCGGAGACUAUUCGCCAAUUGGGAGAGACUGCCAGGCAGCUCAUUAACGACCAGCAUCCGCUUGGCGAUCAGAUCGCCGUUAAACAAUCUCAGGUGGACAAACUGUACGCCGGCCUCAAGGAUCUCGCCGGUGAACGCCGGGCAAAGUUGGACGAGGCUCUUCAAUUAUUCAUGCUGAACAGGGAGGUGGACGAUCUGGAGCAAUGGAUCGCUGAAAGGGAACUGGUGGCUGGAAGCCACGAACUGGGCCAAGAUUACGAUCACGUGACCCUGCUUUGGGAAAGGUUCAAAGAGUUCGCUCGAGAUACGGAGGCGAUAGGGUCGGAAAGAGUGGCCGCCGUGAACGGAAUCGCGGAUUCCCUGAUAGCGACCGGCCACUCCGACGCCGCCACAAUCGCGGAAUGGAAGGACGGUUUGAACGAGGUCUGGCAGGAUUUGUUGGAAUUGAUCGAGACACGCACGCAGAUGUUGCAAGCCAGCCGAGAGUUGCACAAGUUCUUCCACGAUUGCAAAGACGUGCUUGGAAGAAUAUUGGAGAAGCAGAACGCGAUGUCCGACGAGUUGGGCCGCGAUGCCGGCUCCGUUUCCGCCCUUCAACGGAAACACGCUAAUUUCAUGCAGGAUUUGUCCACGUUGCAAAGCCAAGUGACUCAGAUUCAAGAGGAGUCUGCCAAGUUGCAGGCAAGCUACGCAGGGGAUAAGGCUAGGGAGAUAACGAAUCGCGAGGGAGAGGUGGUUGCUGCUUGGAACAACCUUCAGUCGUUGUGCGAUGCCAGGAGAACCAAGUUGGAGGAUACCGGUGAUUUGUUCCGGUUCUUCAACAUGGUCAGAACACUUAUGAUUUGGAUGGAUGACGUGGUCCGUCAAAUGAACACCUCGGAGAAGCCUCGAGAUGUUGCCGGAGUGGAGUUGCUUAUGAACAAUCAUCAGAGUUUGAAAGCUGAGAUAGACGCCAGGGAGGAUAACUUGAUGGCGUGUAUCAAUCUUGGAAAAGAUUUGUUGGCUAGAAAUCAUUAUGCAAGCAGCCAGAUCAAGGAGAAAUUGGCAGCUCUAACGGAUCAUAGGAACGCCUUGUUGCACAGAUGGGAGGAACGCUGGGAGAAUUUACAACUGAUUUUGGAGGUGUAUCAAUUUGCAAGAGACGCGGCUGUUGCUGAAGCGUGGUUGAUCGCCCAAGAACCCUACCUUAUGAGCCAAGAACUUGGCCACACGAUCGAUGAAGUGGAGAAUCUGAUUAAGAAACACGAAGCGUUCGAAAAGUCGGCAGCCGCACAGGAAGAAAGGUUUAGUGCCUUGCAUCGACUCACUACGUUCGAGUUGAAGGAAAUGAAGAGGAGGGAACAAGAACGAGAAGAGGAGGAAAGACGCAAGAAAGAGGAGGCCGCAGCUGCCGAGGCAGCCCGAUUAGCUAAAGCAACACCUGUAACUAGUCCAGAUGAACCACCUAGCGAGAGAGCAGAAGCAGAGGGUGUACCAAGUGGGGAACGUCCAACUGGAGAAGAUGAGUCACAUGUGGCACCUCGCAAGGCUUCUACACGUACACCACAGCCUCAAGACAAGCCCAAGGAAGUGCAUGUUCAGAAACCUGCACGUCUAUCCACGCGAGGAGAAGCAACACCACCUGCCACCUCUUCGAAAUCUCCGCAAGGUCUAUCUAGUCCAACAACUCCUAAAGGUGGAAGCGGAAGCGAGUCUGGUACUUUAAGACGUAAGGAACGUAGUCGCAGCAAGUCGCCGUUCAGAAGUUUCCGUUGGAGAAAAUCCGCCAAGUCGCCGAGUUUAGAUCGCAGUGGCGUGAGUGAUGAUGAACGCAGCAUUUCUGAACAACGAAGUCCCACCGACGAUGAAUUCGAAGGCGUAUUGCAACGGAAGCAUGAAUGGGAGAGUACAACGAAGAAAGCGUCUAAUCGAUCUUGGCACAAAGUAUACAUGGUUGUACGUGGACAAAGCUUGUUUGUAUAUACGGACCAAAAAUCGUACAAGGCAGCGCCUGAUCAACCGUACAAGGGAGAAUCUCCUCUGGAUCUUAGAGGAGCGACUAUUACCGUGGCGAGUGAUUAUACUAAGAAGAAACACGUCUUCCGAGUAAAGUCACAAAGCGGAUCAGAUUUCCUAUUUCAGGCUAAAGAUGAUUCUGAAAUGAACGAAUGGGUUACCGUGUUGAAUCAAGCGGCACAAGGUACAUCAGGCGCGGGCACAUCCAGGGCGCACACUUUGCCCGCGCCCACGCAAGCCGAAACUAAACGACGUAGUUUCUUCACUCUCAAGAAAAACUAAACUGGAGCAGUGAAGUUCGGUAUAAGCCGCUCAGCACAACACACACAGUUUAAAAGAAAUGUUUCGUCGCUCUACGUGGUUAACAAAUAAAAAAAAAAAAAAAAAAAGCAACGCUGAUUAUUAAAA